CGAGAGGAGGCGCAAAAUGACCCAUUUUCGCUCUUUCUCUCUCCUCCUCAGUUGGAAACAUGAAACCUGGUCCUUGUCAGCCAAGUCCGUCCCCCGGACUCCCGGUUCCUGCAGCGCCAAACCUGCUCAGUGCGCUUCCUCGGACCAGGGUGCACACUUCUAUUCGGGUUUUCCUUUACCAACCAGCCCUCCAUAUGAGCCAUUCUCUCCCUGACGCGGGCUUCGGAUUUGCUUAAAAUCCGAUUCGGAAUAAUCCGGAGCUUGAACCCCGCUCCAGCUCUCCGGGUUUCAAAAAGAGACGCGGAAUCUAGUGCCCUGCAUCCUGUCUUCUGUCUCUGUCACCUUCAACUGUCUCUGCGAUGUAAAACAUACCAUUUUCUCUCCUUUUUUUAUCCACGAAGGAUUUAACCUUUUUUUUUCCCCCGAGGAAAGUAGUUAUGGAGACAAUGAAGUUGAGCAUGCGUUUGGUUCUGGUUCUAUUCGGAUUAUUUUUGCUCUGUUCUCCAUCUGUGAGAGGCGAGCCGCAGCAGCAGGAGGAAGAGGAGGAGGAGGAGGAGGAGAGCUCAUGUCAGGGCGCCUUCGACCUGUACUUUGUGCUUGAUAAGUCUGGCAGUGUGAAAGAUCACUGGCAGGAAAUCUACGACUUUGUGGAGAACUUAGCGGAGAAGUUCAAAAGUCCCAUGCUGAGGAUGUCCUUCAUAACCUUCUCCACCAGAGCCUUCACCAUCAUGAAACUGACGGAAAACAGAGCGACCAUCAGAAAGGGGCUGGUUGCUCUGAGCAAAGAGGUCACUGGUGGAGACACGUGCAUGGACCUUGGCCUGCGCAAGGCGAACGAGCAGAUCCACCAAGAGAACUUUGGCACGGCCAGCGUGAUCAUCGCGCUGACGGACGGGGAGCUGCUGGAACAUCAUCUCGUCACCGCGCAGCAAGAGGCGGAGAGGGCCCGGUCUCUGGGAGCCGUCGUGUACUGCGUUGGUGUCAAAGACUUCAAUGAGACGCAGCUGGCCACUAUUGCGGACACCAUCGAGCACGUGUUUCCUGUGCUGGGCGGCUUCCACGCCCUGCGGGGAGUCAUUGAUUCGAUCAUCAAGAAGUCCUGCAUUGAGAUCUUGACAGCGGAGCCCUCCAGGGUGUGUGCGGGGGAGUCCUUCCAGGUGGUGGUGGGAGGAAACGGCUUUCUCCACACCAGGAACAUCAACCAGGUGCUCUGCAGCUUCAAAAUCAACGACACCGUUACAGUCAAUGAAAAGCCGGCUGACGUGAAGGACACGUUCCUCAUGUGUCCGGCUCCUGUCAUCCAUGAAGUUGGGAAGGUGAUCUAUCUGCAGGUGAGCAUGAACGACGGCCUGUCCUUCAUCAGCAGCAACGUGCACAUCACCACCAUCGAGUGUUCUGACGGCAGAGUCCUCCUGAUCUCCCUGCUGGUGUUGUUGCUGCUGCUCGCCCUGCUCUUCAUGUGGUGGUUCUGGCCGCUCUGCUGCACCGUGGUGAUCAAAGAACCACCUCCUCCACCUCCUCCCGAGCCUGAGAGCUCGGACGAUGAGGACGGCCUCCCCAAGAAGAAGUGGCCCACCGUGGACGCCUCUUAUUACGGAGGAAGAGGCAUCGGAGGAAUCAAGAGGAUGGAGGUGCGCUGGGGGGGGAAGGGCUCGACCGAGGAGGGCGCCAAGCUGGAGAAGCCGAAGAACGCGGUGGUGAAAAUGCCGGAGCAGGAGUACGAGCCCUUCGAGCCCAAGCCCAAGAAAGCCCACAGCCGGAGGGCGCCCCAGGACAGGAAGUGGUACACGCCCAUCCGGGGUAAACUGGACGCGAUCUGGGCUCUGUUCUGCCGCGGGUACGACCAGGUCUCCCUGAUGAGACCCCAGCCCGGCGAUAACGGUCGAUGCAUCAACUUCACCAGAGUGAAAGAGGAGUCAGCGGCAGCCAAGGCCCCCCCCCGCGCCGCGACCCACACCCUCUCGCCCCCGCCGCCGCCGGACUACCACCCCGCCCCCACUUCCCCGCCCCCCGCCGCCAGCCCUCCCGCCAGGUCCCCCCCCUCAGGCCCCGUGCCCCCGGGGCCGCCGCCAUCACGCACGCCCCCGGGGCUUCCCUGCGCGCCGCCCUCGCGCCCCCCGCCCAGCCUGUGACCCCGAAACACACACAGAACAAAAACAAAGUGUUUUGUGUUGUGCUCUUCUUGUACGUGAGAAUGUCAAACUGCACGUAGAAAGCCAUUUAAAAAAAAUACAAAAAUAAUAACGCAGGGAAUCUUGGUGUAACUCCUACAUUGUAAAAAAAAAAAAGAGAAAGCAGUUUGACCGUUGACCUUUGGCCCGACACACAGAGGCUGAACAGGGGGGGGGGGGGUUCGGGCACAUAUAUUCUACUAAAGUGUUUGUGAGAUGGUGGUGGAUUGUUGCUGGACAGCAAAGCAUGCAGGCACAGGAAGUCCACACAAUAAAACCGCAGUUCAUCCACUGCUGGCUGGGACUUUAACCCAAAAGUAGGUUAAACCUGGGAUUGGAUUAGAAUUACAACUGGUUACUGUUGUCAAAAGGGAUUUUCUACUUCACCUUUUUGGGAUGUUUCUUCUAUCCAACAACAUCCUAGAACACGACCACCCUUAAAAAGCGAAUUGAUGCAGUCACAGCCUUUUUGUGACGGGGAAGUGUACAGACGUAAGGUGGAAGGCAUGUUUUUACGACGUGUGUUACGUUGGUCGAUAUCUCUGAGGCUUUGGAUUUUGUCCUUAACUCCCAUUUAUUGUUUAUUGAAUUUAGAAUACAGCAAUAUGUAUUUUAGGGUUUUUGGCAUCUGCGUAAAUAGACUGCUGGACAACUACAGUAUGUAUUCCUCUUUUUUUUUUUGUUGCAUUUGGACAUUUAAAUCUGACAACCAGAAAUCAGGUUGACGUCACACCUUUUCAUACACAACCCUCCGACUGUACUUUAAUACCGAUAUGUGUGUUUUAUGUCUUUAGCCUAAUCAUCGCCGGUCACAUUGCAACUGCAGGGCAGUUCAACGUGCAUCUAAUUUAUUAUACUCCCGAGAGAGAAAUAGAGGGGUACUUGAAUAUCGACAAGGUGUCCAACCACAAAGACACUGUGCACAGGAUUUUGAUACAUAGGAGCCAGCCAGUUAAAAGUGAGCGGCGUUUCACAAGCCCUCAGCUGCGUAGAGACAUUUCAAACUCAAUGUGAAUUUGUUAAAAGAAUUUAAAUUGCAUGAAUCUUGGCGUGCAUUAGGCGUCUCAUAGGUCGUCGCCAGCAUUUAGGCAGUGACUAGAUGUUGGAUUGGGGAAAUGGACCUGAAUAAUGAACAGAACUAGGACAUUUGGACUUCAGUGUGUAGUAAAGCUGGUAUUCCUUGUUUUUCCACUUCCUUUUGGGAUUUUGUUCUGGUUUGGAUUCUUUUAUACUUUCAUUUUGAAGAAGGUAUCACAAUUAUAACGUGUAAACUUAUACUACAUGCGUUCAUUAUCGCUGAGCUAUACAGCUCAGUUAGAGAAACAUGCUACAUAUUCCAAUUUUGCAAGCAAUUUCCAGCAUUUGUCUACAUUUCUCCUUUCAGUUAUAAGAUGACCGUUUCCUUGUUUUGUCCUCUGACCAGAACUUACACAUGCCAGAUUAUUCCCUUUUCCAUUCACAAAAACUAAGGUUUAAGUUGGAACGGUUAGUUGGGGGGGAUUUUGUUUUUAACAUUGUGGUAAUUCAGUUCAACUCUAUAAGAAUUUCACAUUUCCUGCUGCAAUGUGGGGAGAUCAGUGUUUGAAUACAUUAUGUCAAUCAGUGUAUUUCCCACCUAUGAACAGCAGUACUGAA